AUGUCAAGUUUAGAUAUCUCCACCAUCCCACCGUUGCAGGUGUUUUCACGGCUGAGCGCACACGUGUUUGGCGGCGCCACUCCGCGUCCCACGCCCGAAGCGCUGCGGCUUCUCGGAGAGUAUCUGCAGUCGCAAAGCUGUAAUCUGGGUGAGGUGGAGGUGCUACGGCAAUGGGAUCAGCAAAACAGAGGCGACGACGCUUCUCUGAAAGACAUCGGCGUGGACCUGGAGGCAGUACAGCACACCGUCUCGUCUCGAGCAGCGGCGGUGCGUGCGGUGUUGGCAGAGAAUAAAGAAAAGAUCUCCGUCAUUGCCAGCACCGCGUCCGCUGGGGGUGUUGGGGGCCGAGGCAGGGCCGCCGUCGCGGAAGGCAACCGUGGGCCCAGCACCUCCGUCGUUCAGUGGUGGCACCUCGGCACUGGCAGUCCGUGGGGCUUCGCACUCGACACCAGUGACAGAGCGGAGGAGUCGUCUAUGCAAGUCGACUACCAUUUUGUCUGCCUGCGCGACGCGGUAGAGGUGAUGGAACCGUUCUUAAGUGGGAUGCGUUGCGCCGCCGCGCUGGGCGCGGAGGACGAAGUCAGCACGAUCUGGCAGCAAGGAACCGACUACAUCACCAGGGUGUGUGCACGCGGCGAGCCGGUGGCGGUGUUCGCCGUACUCGAACUGGCGCGGACGUACGUGACGCUGGCCUUUGGCGGACGCAGCGGCGUGGCGGGCGUGGAGAGGGCAUUGCACAGCACCCGCGCGCUAGACGAGAUGCGACGUGUGGAGAGUCUGAUGGAGCGGUUUGACAUCAAGGAGGGGGACGGGCAGGAAACGCAUCAGCCAACGCCGGCGGCGGACCCGACCGCUGGGACGCUCACGAAGGCGCAGGCGUACUGGAGCUUGGCGGCGUCCUACAGCGUCUUCUUCCACACCGUCGCGGCGUACGUGGACGGCGUCUCCGGGAAUUUUGAAAAGUUUGCCGCGGCGGUGCUGGGGACGGGCGAUCGGCCCGCUCUGCACCUCUGGGGUGCCUCGCGCUUCCCUUUCAUUCCCUUUGCCCUCCCAGAGAACAACACUGCGGGACAUAGCUCGGAGGCAAAGACGAACGCUUCCAAAGCAGCGAUGACGGUGCACACGCGGCUGGCUACGCUUUUCCCGCCAUCCAGCUCACACGUGACUGGCAGUGGGGCUGACUACUACCUGGCCGAAUACAAACCUCUUGUCACGGAAGUCAUCACGCCUGCGGCUACCUUCAGCACGUUGCUCCUCCUCUCCGCGGUAGCCACGCUGCCGCUGCACGUUGUGACGAAGCGGCUGCCGUUAUGGGUAGAGCUUCGUGAGCUGCACGAGAAUUGCGAGGAUCUGAACGCGUCGUUACGCGCUCUGCACGAUGGCCAGCUUGGGACGGCGUGGCGCUCCGCCACUGCGGCUGCUACGCGCUAUCUGGCCAACAGCCCCCACAUUCAUCCAACGGUGCUACAACAGCUGCUGGAAAGCGUGAAGAGGGCCCUUUGUUUUCAUUACCUGAACACGCGAGACGUGACGGACAUCGCACACGCGGCAGAAGAUCUUUGCUUUGCUUCUACAAAGGAGUUCAUGGACGCUGUUACAGUUCUCAUACGGGAUCAGUACAUCGAUGCGCGCGUUGACCUCGUGAGUGGGGCGAUCCAGGUGCUUCAGGCGGGAUCAAUUAUUCGAGACGAGGAAGGUACGGCGGAGGCGAUGUCCCGUGCUGUGAUCGGUCUCUCUACGCUAGAAAUGCAGCUUACCUGCAUGUCAGCGGAGCGCAAUUUGAUCUUCAUACCUGCCGGCCUUGACGAUUGA